AUGGCCCCUGUACGAGCUCCCCAAAGCACACCUCCGGGUACCUUUUCCCGACGCAUACCAGCAGCAGCCGCAGGAGUUUUGGAGCAACAGCGAGCUGUUCAGGGGAAAGUACGACUAACCCCGAGGCAGAAAGCUCCGGGGGGGGGGCCCCCUCCUCAAGCGCUGCCCUCUGGGGUAAGGGGGGGAGGAGGGGGGCCCCUGGACUCCCAGGGGCCCCUCCGUCGCUUUGUGGUCGUGGACGGCAGCUGCGUCAUGUUUCGUUGUUAUCAUGCAAUGCCAAGUCUUAAGAACAGAGACGGCGACAAUGUUGGUGCAGUCAUGGGAUUCUUUAGGUCUCUUGUUCAGAUACGCCGUUUGCUGUCUCCGUCUCACCUCGCAGUAGUGUUUGACCAUCCUACAGGCCGCUCUUCUCGACUGGCUAUUAGCCAUUCUUACAAGAGUCACAGAACACACCCGCCUCUCGAAUUAACGGAGCAGAUCCAGAAGGCCAAGCAUCUUUGCGCUGCAAUGGGGCUGUUGCCUCUGGAAGUCGAAGGCGUAGAGGGAGACGAUGUCAUUGCCACACUCGUCGAUCGUCUCUGCACGGAAGUUUCUGAGCCUCAGCAGCAGCAGCAGGAAAGGAGAGAGUCUCCGGUGUUCGAUGAAGUUGUUGUGGCAACUGUAGAUAAGGAUCUCUUGCAGUUGCUAAGGUACAAUUACCAGUCGAAGGGGGGCACCCCCCGUGUGAGUCUGCUGGCUCUCCAUCGCCAGUGCCGCCUCCUGGACCGCCAAUUUGUUGAAGAGGAAUACGGCGUGGAUCCCCAUCAGCUUCUUGACUUUUUUUCGCUUGUUGGAGAUCGUGCUGAUGGAAUUGUCGGCUGUCGUGGAAUCGGCGUCGCUGCGGCUAAGAAGGUUCUUCGGGCAGUUGAGAGUCUUGAGAUGCGUGUACACGGAGCUGCGUGCAUGCAUUUAGAUGCUCAAAGUGCGAGUUAUGAGCUCCAGCCACGCAUGGCUCUCCAUGCGUCUCCUGAGAAGCUCAAAAAGGCCUCUUUAAGACCCAGUCAGAUGGCUGCCCUGAAGGAAUUUCUCCCGCAGUGGUGCACAAACCGCCGUCUUGUCGCCUUGGAUUGCGGAGUUAUACCCGCCAGGAGCCGUAGCCUCACUUCCUUCGAGCUCACGCCUGUGGACCCUGGUGAUCUUAAGCAGAUGUUUGCCGCGUACAACCUGUCCAAGCAGGCAGAUCUGUGGAUACAGGCUGGGAACGCUGCAGCUUUUUCCGCGGGAGGCUCUGCAGCCAGCGGAGCACAUGGAGAAAUCCCCUCCCCCGAGGCAGCAGCUAAAAGCCAGCCCUACGCAGGAUUCUCUGGAGCAGCUGUUUCAUCGGAAGCAGCAGCGUCGCUAGCAGUCGUGUCUGCAUCGGCAGCAGCAAAGACAUCCCCGGCACCUGCCGAGGGCACCCAUGCAGCAGACUGGCAAGGCGGUGAUGCAACAGGAGACACAGCGGCGGAAGGACUGAGCGACGAAGGAGGAGUCGAUACAGCAGCAGCAGCGGCUGCCACAACAGGGGAGGCGGAAGGCGUUCCUGCAGCAUGGAUCGGCAACUAUGGAAAUUCAGAGACUGCUGUGUCGCAGGCGCAUGCACCGGAGGCUCCCGGGGUUGUGCUCUGUGGGGUACACUUGUCGGCGGCUCCGCAGUCUCUUCUGCCGUUUCGCACGGACGCCUCUCGCGCGGAUGCUGCGUCGUUCGCAGUAGGAACAGGUUCCACUCCAGCGCUUCCAGGAGCUCCUUCCGGCAGAGCAGCCGCAGAAGGUGCAGCACAAAACGCUGCGUGGAGGCAGAGCGAAGCCAGUCCUCCCCGAGGAUCUUUUGCAGCCUCUCUUCUGUCCUUUUGGCCACGUCGCCUUCUGUUUCAUCGAGCAGCAGCGCCGUCCAACUCCGUGAUCGGAGUCGCCGGCUGUGUUUACUCCGCUGCUGAGAAAGCCUCAACGGCUGCAGCAGCCAGUCCGUCCCUGCAGGCUCCUUUCGCCUCUUUGCUGCCCGGAAGCAGCGACGGUUCGCAUGCGCUCGAUAGCGCGAGGCUUCAAGAUCCGCUGCCAUUCGCCUUCGACCAUGAGGGAGAGCUCCUGAGGAACGGCGAUGGGCAAGGGAGCAACAAGCCGGCAGCUCCUGGAGACUCCGCUUCUGGAUCUGCGGCAGCGCGACGUGCUGAUUCUGACGGGGAAGCAGACUGCAACAUGCAAGUCCGCUUAUUUUGCCUGCAAGAACGACCCCACAUGGAAGCGGUGCAGCAGCACAUGCGACAGCAAAUGCAGGCAGCAGUCCAUGUCGCAGCAGCAGCAGAUGCGGGAGCGGCAGCAGCAGCGGCCACCCUUAAGGCAGCAACCAUUCGUGCAUCUCGAAAAUCCACUCGGCGCUCUGCUGAUGCUGCAUCUGCUGAUGCUGCAUCUGCUGCUGCUGAUGCUACUGCUGCUACUGAUGCUGCUGCUGCAUCUGCUGAGUUUCUUCUUGGUUCUGAUGCGGAAGUUACUGGCUCUUGCAACGGAGAUACAGCCACGAAAACACGGGCAGCGAGCUCUCAAGUCGUGUUCUCCCGGGAAGAAACAGGAGUUUUACCCUUGCUGCCCCCCAUUGAAUGUCAAGGCUCAAUGGCAUCCCCUUCACCCCUGCAGCAAGCUCAGGCUUUUCACAGCACUAUCGUUUUGUGUUUACGGUAUCUUGCCGUCCUGCAACAGUUCGAAGGCAGGCGCUGCUGCGACUCCCCAUUCGAGGCAGCCGCGGGGGUUACUCUCGGAGGCUUGCUACGCCAGAUCCCCGAGCCUGUUCCCAUGGACCCUCUGGAGAUGUCUCUCUCCAUAGUGGCGAAAAGCGCAGCGACUCAAAGCACCCCCGACGUCGUGAAAAUAAGCCACACAUGCCUCGAGGGAGGCAGCAAGGCACGCAACAGACCUGACACAGGUGCUCCGUUGCUUCCCAUCUCCGUAGCCUGGCUGGCAUCGAGCCCUCUAGGAACCCAUGCGCCUGCCAGCGCAUUGUGCCCCCUUCACCUUUCUUUCAGCAUCCACCUCCCCCCCGGACUGUCACGGCUUCUCGCUGACGAACUGCCGCAGCAGACACCGCUGCAGCAGCCACCGCUGCAGCAGACACCGCUGCAGCAGCCACAGCAGGCCGUGCUGGAUAUCCUGCACUUUCACUUUCCCGUUUCGCUGCUGCUCAGAGAUUCUGCAGCCUUCCAGAUGCUGCGUGACUGCUUGAGGAUGAGCGGCCUGCCUCCCGCCAACUCCGGUUCCUCCGAUCGGCUCAAGACGGAUGACGCCGAGACGGCUCCGCCUCGGAGUCUCAGUGCGACGACUCCGAACGCUCACAGCCCUCGAAUUCUUUGGGCAGCACACAAUGCAAAACAACUGCUACACUUGCUGCUCAACAUAGGCCUUGUGCCCCCCGCGAACCGCCAGCUGCACUGCACGUCUGUUUUGUCGUGGCUGCUGCACGGCGCCAAUAGCAGAAACUCCGACUUGCUGCAGCAUGCCGUGCUGUAUGAGCUCCUGCAGCAGCGAAAGCGACAGCAACUAGACGCGCCUGCGACUGCGGGAGAAAGACCAGCGGAACCAGUGCAGCUAGACACCCCCGAUCUCUCCGCUUGCUGCGACGGGCAUACAGCAGCUGCAGGGGUCCCUCCACACGCGGACGAGAGCUCGCUGCUCCUGCCCCUUCUGGCCUCGCCAUACGCUUCCACUAUCGUCGAAACCAUGACAACAGCGGCGAGAAGCAUUGCCGAUCUCGCUUCGAAAGGGCAUCGCGGUUAUCGCCAGCAGAAGUCGCGGGAGGAUCCUGAGGCUCCUGCUCGGGCACUGAAGGGCAGCACGCGCCGUUCGCAGCGCAGUAGUGUGCUUCCACCGUGGCACUGUUUUCCGUUGGCAAGGAAUGCGUUGCUGCCGCCUGAGCAGCAGCAGCUGCAGCAAGGCCUCUUUGGCAGGUUUGGAUGGGGGAUUUACGCCAAGAUGCCUCAGAAGAAGGCACAACGCGAUACAGGCCCGAAGGACUGCGGCUCAACGCGCCUACCCGACAGCGCCGCAGGAGAAGGAGGAGGAGCAGCAGCAGCGACAGCGCGCCUGCGGCUGAGCUUCCAGCCGGUUGUCGCUCCCAGUCCAGAGCCUUUUUCAUUCGCAUCAGGCACCACGCAAGACGGCACUCGGCGAACGAACGAAACCGUUGAGCAGCAGCAGCACACCUCUGCUGGGCUGCGCAGUCGAUCCAGAGGACUCGCUGUUCGCCUUCCUGCGCAGUUUCGAAGAUGCUAUCCCCCCAGAAGCCCAGAGCACCUGAACGCAGAAGACGUCAUUGGCUUUUGCGAGUCUCGAGGAGCGGCAACACUGGUCUUGUUGGAGAAGCAGCAGCAGCUGCUGCUGCAGCAACAGCAGCAGGCUGCGGAAGAAGGGGCUCCCGCAAAUCCAGAGACUGUCGGCCUGAGCCUCACUUGGGGAGUAUGGGCGCAGGUUGAGAGGCCGCUCAUUCCCACGCUGGUGGCUGUGGAGAGACGGGGACUGUCUUUGUCAACGCCAAUUUUGACGGAUGGAUGGAGGGCGAAUCGGGGAGUUGCUCUGCAUGCGCCAGAAACGCCGGACGCUGCGGAUGGAGCUGCUGGAAGCGGGGAACCUGCGACAACCCCGCAAACGCCCCCUGGCGACUUUGGCGAGGCCUUGCAAGAGCAGCGGAUUCUGGAGCAGCACAUUUGGAGGCUAAUCCACCAGCUGACUGGUCGUACAAAUGUCAAUAUAAACUCUCCCAGCCAGCUUGCGGAAAUCCUGUUCGACGUCUUGCAACUGUCACCGCCUCCUUCAACGCGCGCUGGAUCGGUUUCUAGUCUCACGGAGAAGACUCCAAGCAGCCAGGGAGGCACUAAAAGCAACCCCUGCAACACAGGAGGCCGCUCCACUGGAGCCGAGGCUCUGCAGGCCUUGCUCCGCGAGGCACUCUCCAAGAAACUGGACGCGCGUUCUGCGCAAGUGGCGGCACUCCUCUCGGCUCUCCUGAAAUAUCGAGCUAGCCACAAGUUUGUCAGUACCUACUUCGCGUCUCUUCCUUCCUACAUUUUUCCCCUUACGCACCGCAUUCACUUUUCGCUGCUGCAAACAGGAGCCGCUACUGGACGCCUCGCGUGCAGAAAUCCUAACCUUCAGAAUAUCCCGAAUCACCAAGAAGAAUGGCGGUGGAUCAGGCGAGCUUUCGUUCCAUCUGCUGUCAAUCCCUGCAAGGCAGAUGAGGCCACAGUGCGUGGAGAUGCCCUCACCAGUUCCUUGACGGCCAUGCUUCUCGGAGCAUCUCGAGAGGAUGGGAGCCCAAUGCCUGCAGCGGAUGCCGUACGAGUGCCCCCAUCCUCUCCAUGGCGGUUUCUCUCCAUAGACUACUCUCAGAUGGAGUUACACAUCCUUGCUUAUCUUUCCAACGACCCUCAGCUGCUUAACGACCUAAGUGGCGGGAUUUCAUCGGGCGAGACAGGGCGUCGAUAUGACAGCUUCCAGUUGACGGCUUCUCGCUUGUUUGGCUGCCCUCCGGAGGAUGUUACAAAAGAACGUCGCAGUGCUGCCAAAACCGUCACCUACGGUAUCCUUUAUGGCCAGACGGAAGGGGGUCUCUCUCGUCAGCUUCGAGCGCCUCUGAAAGAUGCUCGCCACCUAAUUAAUUGCUUUUUCAAUGAGUACAAAGGCGUGAGAGCACUCAUGCAUACGCAUACACAAUUUGCCGAGGCCACAGGGACCAUCGAAACCCUCAUUGGACGAAGCAGGCGAUUAGACGGCACAGACGUUGUAUCGUUACAGCUGAAGCAGCAUGCGGAGCUAGGUCAACUCCUUCAGCGUAUCGGUGCUGCGAAAAAGCCUUUACCUCAGCAAGUGGGUAUCGCCACGAGCACUGGAAGCAGCACGAAAAACCGCUGUAGGAGACAGGCCAUGAAUACCCCCAUCCAAGGUCUUGCAGCAGACAUUAUGAAGUAUGUCACGGGAAGGGUAGACGAGUUGCUUAAGCGGCAGCAACAACGAGCAUUUGACCAUGAAGACAUGUUGCGGGCAUCUACCCUGCGAGGAAGCGUAGGGGGAAUACCAAAUCUGCCGCCGCAUUAUCAAGCUCUCAGGAGACCUCUCAGGGCUCAGGUUGUGCUGCAAAUUCACGAUGAGCUGCUGCUAGAGGUACACAAAGAAGACAUAUCACUCACUCUGGAAUUAGUACUGCCGUUGAUGCAGCGUGCUUGGGGCCUACUGCUUGUGGAGACUAACUGCCUGGAUCGCUACGCAGCGCUGUGCCAAGUACAGAGACGCCUUAUAGACCCUCUAGGACACAACGACACCGACCAUGAAAGUGCCUUGGCAAGUGCAGGUAAUGGCAGCAAUGUGGCUGAACAAGAGAUCUGGUUCAGUCUCCCCGAUCAAUACGAGUGGCUGCGUCCCUUUCUUCAACGAAAGCUCCCCACGAGCGCCAAAAGCGGGCGUGACUGGGCGUGCUGUUAA